AUGGUGACUUCUUACUAUAUGACGAAGCUUACGAAAAACAAAAGUCCUGUUGAUAUACACGAAUACUACAGUCACAAUAAAGAAAGUGCAGAAGGAUUAUUUGAAGGGAAAAAUUCUAAGUGUAGAAUUUGUCUUCGAGAUGGGUCAUUGUCUAUCCACGAUAGUGAAAAUACUUUGGAAAUAAUCCAAGCUUUAAAGAUUUUUACCAGCAUUGAUAUCAAGCAAGACGAUAUAUUCCCAAAAAAGUUAUGCAAUAUUUGUUAUCAAUUUAUCAGACACGCCAUUAUGUUUAGGAAAAUAGCAAUACAAUCAGAUCAAUUAUUACAAAAACAUUUGAAACUACAGGAAAAUAAAUGUCGUGAUGACAACUUAGUAAUCUUAACACAUAAUUCUUCUAAUAGUAAAAAAAGAAAUAAUACAUUAAUUCAAAAAGUUUAUGAUAAAAAUAUUAAAAAUGACACGAAAAUACAAUGCCCGACAUGUAAAAGGAUUAUAAGAAAAUCCUAUUAUAAGAUACACAUGACAAUGCAUGAUCCGGAUCAUGACAAAUAUGUGUGUGAUAUAUGUGGCAAAACAUUUAGACUAAGAGUUGGCUAUCACAAUCAUAGGCUUCGUCACCGUACAGAUUAUCCUUACAAAUGUAAUUUAUGCCCCUUUAAGGGAAGAUAUGCUGAGCGCCUCAAAAGUCACAUGAGAACUCAUACUCGUGAAUAUAGAUACAUGUGCACUGAAUGCCCAGCCAGGUUCCUUUUUAAAGGUAAUCUUAACAGUCAUGUACUAUUAAAGCAUAAAGAACCUCAACAUAAGUGCAAUAAUUGUGAUAAAGCUUUUCAUACAAAAUUAAAACUACAAAGACAUUAUGAAGUUGAACAUCUAGGAAUGAAAAGUCAUGUAUGCAAUAUUUGUGGAAGAACAUUUGGUUACAGAAAUGCUAUGAUGAAUCAUCAAAGAAGAGUACAUAAAAGAGAGAAAUUAAGAUUUUCUUACAAUUCAUCUCAAGAUCAUAAUAAAAUUAUG